AUGUGCGCGCACACACACACACACACACACCCCAAACUGCUGUGGGAGGUGUGGUUGUGGGUUGCUGCUUUGUAUACAGUAUGUAGGUUUAUAAAAGGGAUGCCACAGGCGGCUCCCGAGACGCUUAUACAAUCUCCCCCUGUCUCUGUGAUAGAGAAUGGCACAAACAGGUCCUCUGGAUAGAGAGCAAUUGUGCUGCUCAAUUUGUCUGGAGAUACUGAAGGAGCCAGUAGCUCUUCCCUGUGGACACCGCUACUGUAUGGGCUGUAUCAGGGCCUGCUGGGGUGAAGAUGACUCCUCUUACAUCUUCAGCUGUCCCCAAUGCAGACAGACCUUCACUCCAAGACCAAUUCUGAAGAGAAACACCAUUUUGGCUGAGAUGGUGGAGAAACUGAAUACAGGAGGACUCCAAGCUGCACCCUCUGGUCAACGCUGCCGGUAUGCUGCAGAUGUGGCGUGUGAUAUCUGCCUCGGUGGUCAGAUCAAAGCCACCAGAUCCUGCUUGGUGUGUCUGGCCUCUUACUGUGCAGCUCACCUCCACACUCACAACAAAUCUCCUGCCCUUAAGAAGCAUACCCUGGUUGAAGCCACCAUGCCACUGCAGGGGCGGAUCUGCUCUCAUCACGAUAGACUACUGGAGAUCUAUUGUUGUACUGAUCAGCAGUGUGUCUGUCUGCUGUGUGUGAUGGAUGAACACAGGAGCCAUGCUACCGUCUCAGCUGCAGCAGAAAGCACCAAGAAACGGAGGCAGCUGGGGAAGACGAGGAAGAAAUCCAAACUGAGAAUGCAAGCCAAAGAAAACGAACUGCUGGAUCUGAGACAGGCUCUGCAGUCACUAAAGGUGAUGCACUGUGGAGAUCCGUAGAGCAAUGGCAGCCAUGGCCAAGUCCGAAGCGACUUUCAAGUAUUAAUAAGCUAAUAUUUUAGUGGAUGGGGGAGGUUUUGGGAGUUUGUUCAUACUUGGCUAAAUGUUAUAUCUUGACCACACUCUGUCUCCCACUAGCACUCUGCACAGACAGCAGUGGAGGACAGCCAGAAGAUCUUUACUGAGCUGAUCUGCUCCAUAGAGAGAAGGUGCUGUGAGGUGAGAGAGCUGAUCAGGGCCC